AUGGCCGCCGUAGCAACCAUUAGUUCAUGGCCGUCAUCUUCAUACUCCUCCUCCAACGACGACGACGAACUCACCCAGCACAAGCUCCUCGGCCCCAACGCCUACAUCAGCAACGGCGUCUUCUCCGUCGGCGGCCACGACUGGGCCAUCCGCUACUACCCUCUUGGGAACACCAAGCCCAAGUACGUCUCCGUCGUCACCGUGUUCAUGCAUCCGACGGUCUCGAUUAUCGCCACGCCGCCGGAUAAUCCUCCGCCGUCGGAUCUGCCGCGCGAUCUCGCCAGGCUGUACGACUCCAAGGCCGCGUCCGCUUCGUCGUCCGCGGACAGUCCUCUCCAUGAGGAUACACAGGCAAAGCUCGAGCUCCGCCUGUUACUGGAAAAUCCCGAGCCCAACGUCGAGCGAAUUCAACAUAGGGAGCUCCCCGAGGCAGCUCCUAUGCGGCUCGAUUGGAACGGCUGCGCAGGCAGCUGGGGUCGCUUUCCAUCGCACGAAGAAGAGGAGUACCGGCCGCCGGCCGGCGACGAGGACAAUCAAUCGAAUGCGUUUUUGGAGUGCCAGGGUACCCUAAAAAUGCUCGAUACUAAAGCCUUGUCGGGGAUCCAUGCGCCUGGUGCUCCGGCUGUCCGACGUUUUGAAGCGAAGUGGUUGGCUGAAGAUGCUGUUGAUAUGAUUGUGCAAAAUGCUUGGGAUGGGGCGGCUACUUCAGGUGUGGACUCUAGUCUCAUGCAGAAAACAACUAAAGUGCAUGAGGCUUUACAUGCAUGGGAUAGACGUGAGCUGAAAGCCCCACGUAAAAGAAUUUAUGCUUUAAAGGAAGAGCUAGAGGAAAGUCGCAGAGGACCAAUUACGGAUGACUCAAUUGCAGACCAGAAAGAGAUGCUGCUCAAGAUUGAACUUCUGCUAGAACAAGAUGAAAUAUACUGGACACAGAGGGGGAGGGUCAACUGCCUUCGGCAUGGGGACAGUAACUCCAAUUUUUUCCACAAUUUUGCGAGUGCUAGAAAGAAGAAGAAUACUAUUAAAUAUUUGAUUGAUGAAGCGGGUGUAAAAUGUGAGGAUCCUGCUGGUAUGAGUACCCUUAUAAAAUUCUAUUUUGAAGGUUUGUUCCUUUCUAAAGUUUUGGAACCAGAUGAAGAGGUCCUUGGGAAAGUUAAAAGGAAAGUGACUAGGGAUAUGAAUAGAUCCCUACUUGAACCUUUCACGGAAGAGGAUGUAAAGAAAGCUCUGUUCCAGAUUGGUGAUUUUAAAGCUCCUGGCCCGGAUGGCCUACAUGCGGUGUUUUAUAAAAGAUAUUGGUCUUUACUUGGCGAUGAUCUGGUGAAAGAAGUUCUUGAGGCCGUUAACUCGGGCGUGAUUCCUGAUGGAUGGAACGGAACUAUGCUUGUCCUUAUUCCCAAGGUGGAUGAUCCAAAGCGAGUGUCUCGGUUUAGGCCCAUAAGUUUAUGCAACGUUGUUUACAAAGUGAUCUCGAAGAUGCUUGCAAAUAGACUCAAGGUGAUUCUACCUGAUAUUAUUGAUGAACAUCAAAGUGCUUUUGUUCCUGAGAGACUCUUCACUGAUAAUAUCCUCCUGGCCUAUGAAUGUGUGCAUUCGAUCAAGAAGAAGAAGGGGAAGAAGGGGCUGUGUGCGGUGAAGCUGGAUAUGCACAAGGCCUAUGACCGUGUUGAAUGGUGCUUUCUUGAAAAAAUGAUGUUGAGAUUGGGCUUUGACCCAAGAUGGGUGAAGCUCAUCAUGGCUUGUGUGUCCUCCGUGCGAUACCGUGUGAAGUUAAACUCAAAUGUUAUAGAGGGGUUCACUCCUACUAGGGGGAUCCGUCAAGGAGACCCUCUUUCACCUUACUUGUUUCUCUUAUGUGCAGAAGGAUUAUCAUCUUUAUUGAAUCAUGCUGAGACGUCGGGAGAUCUGGUGGGAGUUCGUGUCUGUCGUGAUGCACAUAUGGUUUCACAUGUCCUCUUUGCGGAUGACUCCCUGAUCUUGAUGGAGGCUGAUAUGCAUAGUGCUUCAUCUCUCAAGCGUAUUCUGGACUCCUACUGUGCAAGUUCAGGGCAGCUUGCAAGUGACGCUAAAUCAAGUAUCUAUUUUAGUCCAAAUACUUUGGUUGAAGACCGAGCUGAGGUGUGUUUCGAAUUGAAUAUCAUGACCGAGUCAUUGAAUGAGAAAUACUUGGGGCUUCUUGCUAUGGUAGGAACUGAUAGAAGUGAUUGUUUUAAGCAUUUGAUCGAACGUGUGAAGAUAAAGACGAGUGGAUGGAAGGCGAAGAUGUUGUCAGCUGGUGGAAAGGAAGUGCUCCUUAAGGCCGUUGCCCAAUCUAUGCCUGUAUUUGCGAUGACAGUAUUCAAGAUUCCAAAAAACAUUUGCAAAGGAAUUACUGAUGCUAUGUCGCAGUAUUGGUGGGGUAAUGAUGACCAGAAAAAGAAGAUACAUUGGUUGGCAUGGUGGAAAAUGUGUAUCCCGAAGGAGGAGCAUGAUUCUUUAUGUGCCGGAGUUCUGCGUGCGAGGUAUUACCCGAACGGGAAAUUGUUGAAAGCAAAGCUGAAAAGAGGUAGUUCCUUCACCUGGCAAAGUGUGAUCACGGGCAUGGAAAAUUUUAACCGUGGCUGCAUUUGGCGUGUCGAAGAUGGAUCACAGAUCGACAUUUGGGAAGAUGCAUGGGUUCCUACUAGCCCCACAAGGAAAAUUGUCAUGCCUCGUGGUCAUGUUCUACUAAGCAAAGUUUUAGAUCUUAUUAAUCCGGCAACUGGACGAUGGGAUGAGCUACUGGUACGUGAUGUGUUCUGGUCCAUUGACGCAAAUAGAAUUCUUGAGAUCCCGAUUGCUCCGACUGGAAUGGAAGACUUCGUCGCUUGGCACCAUACGAAGAACGGCCUCUUCAGCGUUUGUUCGGCGUACCAUGUUGAGUGGGACUAUCAGUUUGGAAGGAAGGAAAGAAAUUGUCUGGGUGCUGGAAGAUCUCAAAUUAGUCCGGUGUGGGAGAAAUUUUGGCAUCUCCGUGUUCCUGCAAAAAUUAAGAUCUAUGGCUGGAGGGCCCUGCAUGGUCUUGUUCCUUGCUUGGGCAUUCUUGCUAAUAGGCAUAUAAGUACAGUUAGCGGUUGCCUUGUUUGUGCAGCCGGAUGUGAAGAUAUAAUGCAUGUGUUGUUUACAUGCCAGCAAGCUCAGCAGGUCUGGGAGUGUCUGGGAAUUAAGCAUAUCAUUGAUGAUAUUGUUGCGCUGGACAGAGCUGGGGUUAUUGCACUUGAGCAUAUUAUUUGUAAUACUGAUGUUUGGGAUCCUUUGGGCGGUAUUGGAAUGCCGGAACUGGUUCUCACUGGUGCAUGGUACAUCUGGUGGGAGAGGAGACAAUUAGUGCAUGAUGAAGCUAUCCAAUCUCCGCAUAGAUCGGCCAUGGCGAUUGGAGCCUUGACUGCUAAUUACUGGCGUGCGUCUAAGAAAAAGGCAAAAGUGAAGAAUAUUGGCUGGACCAAGCCAACGGAAAAAUUCCUGAAAAUAAAUGUCGAUGCUACGUUUGACAUUGAUGAAGGCUGUGGGAGCAUUGGAGCUGUGAUCUGCGACUCCCAUGGAAAAUUCCUUGUUGUAGCUUGCCAUGAAGUUCCUUUUGCUUUAGACGUUAUGAUGGCUGAGGCUUAUGCCCUCAGGAAAGGCCUAUUUUUGGCUCCGCAUAUUGGUUGCACGAAGUUUUCAGACAAUAUGCAGCUACUGGAACCCAACGAUGAAUCGGCUGACGUCACCUUCGUUGUCGGAGGAAAGCCCUUCCCGGCCCACAGGGUCAUCCUGGCGGCCCGGUCGCCGGUCUUCAAGGCCCAGAUGUACGGCCCAAUGAAGGAGAAGGACAUGGGCCGCGUGACUGUCGAUGACAUGGAGCCCGCAGUGUUCGAGGCCGUGCUCUCCUUCGUGUACACCGACUCUUUGCCUGCGGGGUGCCUUGAUGGGCCGCGGACCGUUAUGGCAUAG